AUGUUCAUCGCGCGAUCAGAAUAUGAUCGUGGCAUCAACACCUUCUCCCCAGAAGGCCGUCUCUUCCAAGUCGAAUACUCCCUUGAAGCCAUCAAGCUCGGAUCCACAGCAAUCGGCAUUUCGACAUCUGCAGGCGUCAUUCUUGGGGUAGAAAAGCGCAUUACCUCUUCCCUCCUCGAGACCUCCUCUGUGGAGAAGAUCGUCGAAAUCGACCGACAUAUAGGAUGCGCCAUGUCUGGUCUGCAGGCCGAUGCGCGAAGCAUGAUUGAGCACGCACGAGUCACAUCGCAAUCACACGAGUUCCACUACAACGAGCGGUUAGGAGUCGAGAGCUGUACGCAGGCAAUUUGCGAUCUGGCGCUCAGAUUCGGUGAAGGAGCAGAUGGCGAGGAGAGUAUCAUGAGCAGACCCUUCGGUGUGGCGCUCCUGAUUGCUGGCUACGAUGAGAAUGGACCGUCGCUCUACCACGCCGAGCCAUCAGGCACCUUCUACCGCUACGACGCCAAAGCCAUCGGUUCCGGUUCCGAGGGAGCUCAGGCAGAACUUCAAAACGAAUUCCACAAAUCGCUCACACUACCAGAGGCAGAAGUGCUUGUGCUGAAGACUCUCAAGCAAGUCAUGGAAGAGAAGCUGGAUUCGAAGAAUGUGCAACUGGCAAGCGUGACCAAGGACAAGGGCUUCCGCAUCUACACAGAUGAGGAGAUGGCUGGUGUGGUAGGCAGAUUAGAGGGCAACUAG